UACAAGGUGAGACAUGUCCUCCAAUUUGAUCAGGAUUCAGACCUACAGUAUAUAAUACAAGGAGAGACAUGUCCUCCAAUAUGAACCGGAUUCAGACCUACAGUAUAUAAUACAAGGAGAGACAUGUCCUGUAAUAUGAUCAGGAUUCAGACCUACAGUAUAUAAUACAAGGAGAGACAUGUUAAAUGGAACGCUGCUAUGUGAUCUUCUUACCAAUGGUAAAAUGCAUCUGUUUUAUCAUCAGGCCUAACAUUUCAAUUCAUGUAUUUUCCUACCAUUAUUAUAAUUCCCGUAGCAUAAAACACUUCCAUUUCCACCCAACAUAACAAUAUUUGCUGUCAAUUCAAUUGAUCAACCAGCAGAAGUUGGGUGUCUACGUGGUCUGACCUGUGUGUGUGCGUGGAGAUACUCACUCUUCACCGUCACGUUCAAAAUGAUUACAACUUUUGUGGGAAAACUGUCACAUGACAGGAUUAAAGUAUUAUUUUUGUGCGUACGCUCCUUUGAUCAAUCAAUCAAUCAAUCAAUCAAUCAAUCAAUCAAUCAAUCAAAUGUAUUUAUAAAACCCUUUUCUACAUCAGCCAAUGUCACAAAGUACCUAUACAGAAACCCAGCCUAAAAACCCAAACAGCAAGCAAUGCAGAUGUACAAGCACAGGGGGCUAGGAAAAACUCCCUAGAAAGGCAGGAACCUAGGAAGAAACUCAGAGAGGAACCAGGCUCUGAGGGGUGGGCCAGUCCUCUUCUGGCUGUGCCGGGUGGAGAUUAGAGUGAUAAAUAUGGCCCCCGGUACUGUAGCAGUGACUAGUGAGCCCACGCCAAUUAACCGUUCAGUACUUGCAUAACUGUGUAUGUAAGUCACGUUGCAGGUAUCCGAUGUUGACCGGUGACAGGCACACAUGAACACUCUCAACAACCUAGUGAAGACCUACAUCCAAGCAAAGAUGGACGCCAUGGAUACACAGCGUGCCUUGGAGGCUGUGGAGAGACUCCAGGCCAAGCUGAAGGACAGAGGAGAGGCUCCUACAGAGGAGAAAUUAUCUCUACUGAAGACUGUUCUACAGAGUCCUCUGUUCCACCAGAUAUUAACCAUGCAGCAGACACAGCUACAGCUGCCAGAGGAGAAGAAGUCAGUACCUAAGUCUGUUUCCCUCAACACGGGUCUCUCCACGGCCAUGUCUCUGGGCCUGAGGACCAUCUCCCAUAGCGACUCCUAUACCUGGGCCCAGAACAACAGCAGCAGUAGUAGUGGAGGAGGAGGAGGAGGAGGAGGAGGAGGAGGAGGAGGAGGUAGCCCCCCUGCUAAACCGUUCCUACCUCGGCAGAACUACGGAGGCAGUCUCAGUGCUCUCAACACAGAGAACAGCGCCGUGACCAAUAAGAUACAGUGUAUGACUCAGUUAUGUACACCUCCACGAAUCUCCCGGACCUUAUCGAUGGGAAGAAACCUGUCGUAUAUCGCCAACGAGAAGCGUCACAUAGAGUUGAUAGAGCUGGAGAACGAUGGGAAGGGGCUGGGCUUCGGCAUUGUAGGGGGUCGAUCCUCUGGAGUCCUGGUCAAAACCAUCCUACCAAGUGGACCUGCUGGACUGGACAAGCGCCUGCGCAGCGGGGACCACAUCCUGCGUAUCGGUGACACAGACCUGGCGGGCAUGGGCAACGAGGAAGUGGCACACGUUCUCCGCAACGCAGGGUCAAGGGUCAAACUGCUCAUUGCUAGGGACGUCUCCGUCUCCACGGGAACCAACGACCUUUCCCUCUCCUCGCCCCCACUACCUCUCCUCGCCCAGCAACAACAGAGGGUGGCCAGGAUGGGCAACCAGCUGUGUGACGUGGAGGAGGACUCUGAGUACGAUGUCCAGUUCAGUAAGAACAACAUGGGCCUGGGAUUCACUGUCACCAGCUCCAUAGGGGAGCAGAACUCUGGGGUGCAGGUGAAGAGCAUCGUGAAGGGCAGCGCUGUGGACCAAGCCAGUCAGAUAUACAUCGGAGACAAGAUCUUAGCUGUGGAUGGUGUAAGCCUGCAGGGCUGCAGUGAGCAGAGAGCCCUGGAGGUCCUGAGGAAGACAGGCCAGAUAGUCAGACUGAGGCUGAUGAGGAGGGCCUCUAGGAUGGGUAAAACCAUGAAGCGUCCCCCUCCUCCCCUGGAGCCCUACGUCGUCACCCGUACAGAGACAGAGAAACAUGACAAGACAGACCAGACUGGUGUCAUCAACAGAGGAAGACAAAUGUCUCUGCGUGAGAUGUCCAGAAGAGCCAGUAUGGUGUACUCUGAACAACGACUAGACGCCAGAACCGGAGGGAAGCUGACUGCAGCAGAGGAAGAGGAGUUGAAGAACAGGUGGCAGGCUGCUCUGGGACCCAGAUAUCAAGUGGUUGUGUGUCAGCUAGAGAGGUUCAGUGAGACCAGUGGUCUGGGCAUCAGCAUGGAGGCCAGGGCAGGACACCACUACCUGUGCUCCGUCUUACCUGAGGGGCCCGUUGGACAGAGCAGGAAGAUACACACUGGAGACCAGAUACUGGAGGCGAAUGGCAUCCCUCUGAUAGGAGAGACUCACAGAGAGGUGAUCAGCAUUCUGAGAGAGCUGCCUCUGUGUGUUUGUAUGGUGUGCUGCCGCGUCGUAACCCCACAGCUACGGGACAGUGACCACGACGAUGACGAUGAUGAUGAUGAUGUACAGCUCCCCAUCAAAGAACUAGUGGCUGAGUUCAAUGAUAAGUCCCAGUAUGACCAGCCCUGCUGUCUACUUCCUGGUUGUAACAACAUGGAUUGUGGGAGUCGUGGUUUUAAUAAGCCUGUGUCUCCUCCUCUGGCCAUGUGGGAGAGAGACAGUCAGGUGAUAGAGCUGGUGAAGGGAGAGGAAGGCCUGGGAUUCAGCAUCCUAGACUACCAGGACCCAGAGGACGCCUCUAAGACUGUUCUGGUGAUCCGCUCCCUGGUCCCCGGUGGCGUGGCCGACUCAGACGGUCGCCUGCUGCCCGGUGACCGGCUCAUGUCCGUCAACGACGUGGACCUGGUCAGAUCAACGCUGGAGCGCGCCGUGCACGUUCUCAAAACCACCGGCUACGGGGCCGUGCGCAUCGGCGUGGCCAAGCCGCUGCCGAUCGAGUGUUGUGUCCUGGAGUCCAUCCCGGAGUCAUCGAGGUCGUCGAGAGACGAGACCCAGUCGUUAUCGAGAGACGAGAAGGAUACUCUCUACUCAGCUGGGACGCUAGCCUCGUCCUCACAGCAGGCGCAUGCUAACAGCUACGGCUCACAGCAGAGGAACAGCCAACCGUGCGGCACACUGAAGGACGAGAAAUCUCAGCGUCAUUGUUCCAGCGGCAACAUGGAGGACGGCGAUAAGCUCCUGGCCCCGCCCCCUUCUUUCGGCAGCCAUUUUGAGAGGACAAUCUCUGUUGUCAGGGGCAACCGUAGCCUUGGUAUGACAGUGAGUGCUAUAAAGGACGGCUCAGGGAUGUUGAUCCGGUCAGUGGUCCGUGGAGGGUCUGUCAGUCAGGAUGGGAGGCUGGGCGUAGGAGACACUAUCCUGGCUGUGAACGGAGAACCCACCACCAACCUGACCAACGCUAUGUGCAGAGCCAUGCUGAGGAGACACUCUGUUACAGAGCCAGAUAUGAGAAGAGCACCGUGCCUCCAUGGCCCAGCAGCCUCUGUCGUCCAUCAUGGUGGACGGCCCCUCACCCUGCCCCCUGACCCCCUCCCCUACCCCUCCUGGAGGUUCGACCCCUUCCCCUACCCCUCCUGGAGGUCCGACCCCUUCCCCUACCCCUCCUGGAGGUCCGACCCCUUCCCCUACCCCUCCUGGAGGUCCGACCCCUUCCCCUACCCCUCCUGGAGCCCCAGAUACAGCCUCAACAGUCCCAACUCCAGGUCCAGCUACAGCCCCAAGGCCUCAAGACCCUUCUCUACCCAGACCUGUAGUGUCAGCUACAACUCUAGCCUCAUCCCUUACCCCAGCUCUAACCUCAUCCCUUACCCCAGCCCUAACCUCAUCCCUUACCCCAGCUCUAGCCUCAACUCUUACCCCAGCUCUAACCUCAACUCUUACCCCAGCUCUAGCCUCAACUCUUACCCCAGCUCUAGCCUCAUCCCUUACCCCAGCUCUAGCCUCAACCCUUACCCCAGCUCUAGCCUCAUCCCUUACUCCAGCUCUAACCUCAUCCCUUACCCCAGCUCUAACCUCAACUCUUACCCCAGCUCUAGCCUCAUCCCUUACCCCAGCUCUAGCCUCAUUCCUUACCCCAGCUCUAGCCUCAUCCCUUACCCCAGCUCUAGCCUCAUUCCUUACCCCAGCUCUAACCUCAACUCUUACCCCAGCUCUAGCCUCAUCCCUUACCCCAGCUCUAGCCUCAACACUUACCCCAGCUCUAGCCUCAACCCCGGCCUCGGUCUCUCAGCUACAGCUCCAAACCAAUCUCAAACCCUUGCUUGCUCGAGCCCUUUCUUCAGCCUCAACCCUACAGUCAUAAGGGUCAAGUUGAUGCGUUCUUCAGGCCAGUCUCUGGGCAUCAGUAUCAUAGGAGGUAGAGGGAUGGGCAGCAGGCUGAGCAGUGGAGAGGUGAUGAGAGGAGUGUUCAUUAAACACAUCACACCAGACAGCCCUGCUGGACACAACGGCACCCUGAAGACUGGAGACAGGAUACUGGAGGUCGGAGGCAUGGAUCUGAGAGAUGCCAGUCAUGAGCAGGCAGUGGAGGCCAUCCGUAGUGCUGGAGAUCCUGUUGUCUUCCUGGUGCAGACUGGACAACACAAAUCACAGUCGUCUCCUGUGCUCUCCAACCACGAGAGGCAAGCCUCAGCGUCACGCAGCGACUCACUGAACAACCGGAUGCCAGAGAGUCACAGUGGUCUGUUCCUUAGUCUCUCCCUCGCCAACCCCUUCACCCCUGCUCCCUUUAAGCCAACAACCAAUAGGACGGUCAGGAGAAGCCCCACAACUGUCUCUGCACCAAUCACACGGAGAGAAACGGAAGACGACAGCUGGAAGAAGAUGAUGUCCAGGUAUGGCGGUCUGCCAGGUGAGCUCCAUAUGAUAGAGCUGGAGAAGAGUCCCAGGGGAGUCACUAGCACUGAGGCCCGGGGACAGGGUCUGGUGCCUGGUCUGGGUCUCAGCCUGACGGAGGACAGGGAUGGUUCCAGAGCCCACCUCGGUGUCUACGUGGCUGGGGUCGACCCCCAGGGAGCGGCGGGGCGAGACAGGCGGAUACGGGUGGGAGAUGAGCUACUGGAGAUCAACGGUCAGAUCCUGUAUGGUCGUAGUCACCAGAACGCCACAGCCAUCCUCAACAGUGCUCCUUCUAAAGUCCAGAUCCUCCUCACCAGGAAUAAAGCCUCUCUGACGCAGAUGGCUCAAGGACCCUUGGGCGGGGACUCCUCCUCUUCCUCCCUCCAUCCCUCCAUCCAUGUCUCUUCCUCCCACCCCCCCAUUCCUCCCCACUCCUCCGUCGGCACUGCCAGGAACGCCUCCUCUUCCAGCGGGCGAUCUGAUUGGCCAACGGGCUCCGCUCUGACCCAUGACCUCCUGUGCUGUCCCAUAAUACCCGGCGUCGACAGCACCAUAGAGAUUUGUAAAGGACACUUGGGCCUGGGCCUCAGCAUCGUGGGGGGGUGUGACACGCUACUGGGGGCCAUAAUAAUCCAUGAGGUUAAUGAUGGAGGAGCAGCUCAGAGAGACGGGAGGCUGUGGACUGGAGACCAGCUAUUAGAGGUGAAUGGUAUAGACCUGGGCCAGGCCACCCAUGAGGAAGCUAUAGGGGUGUUAAGGCUGACCCCUCAACGGGUGCGUCUCACGGUGUUCAGACAUCAGCAGGAGUACGGGGAAGAGGACCUGUGGGAUGUCUUCCAGCUGGAGCUCAGACUACGACCUGGACAGACCCUGGGGCUCAGCACUGUAGGGAAGAGCAACGACACAGGUGUGUUUGUGUCUGAGAUCAUUGGAGGGGGUGUGGCUGAUGGAGACGGACGGCUGUUUCUAGGAGACCAGAUCCUGUCAGUCAACAGACAGGAUGUCAGAACAGCUACACAGGAACACGUUGCCUCACUGUUACAGAGCUGCAGUAGUGGAACGGUGAUCCUAGAGAUCGCUCGCUUCAAAGCCGUCGGCGUUCACUACUCCUGUGGAAGUCAGAGUGGUGACUCCGUAGGUAGUGACAGCUCCACCCUGACCCCUUCCACUGUGUAUGAUGUCCAGGGCCACCACCAGGGGGAGACAGAGAGACGUCAGAGAGGAGAGGACUACACAGUUGAAGACCACCAUGAGAUAAGGACAGUGGUGAUACAUCAGGGUCCGUGUGACUCUCUGGGUCUGAGUGUAGCUGGUGGGGUUGGUUCUCCUCAUGGAGACAUUCCUCUCUUCAUCUCUACUAUGGACCCUGAUGGACUGGCUGCAAGAUCACACCAAAUAUAUGUAGGAGACUUCAUGGUAAGUAUUAACGAUGUCUCUACUGAGGGGAUGAGCCACGUCCAAGCUGGAGUUCUGCUGAAGACCAUCAGUGGGACCAUCACCCUACAGGUGCUGACUACAGGGUCGGUGGCUGAGGGCUGUGGAGGAGGACAGGCUCAGGGGGAUGUAGGUCUCCCCUCCACAGGACCAGCUACCCUGCACAACAACAUGAGUCCCCAGUUUUAUAGAACCAUCAGUCUGGACAGAGGAACUCUGGGUCUAGGCUUCAGCAUAGUAGGAGGGUUCAGCAGUCCCCACGGAGACCUGCCCAUCUACGUCAAAACCGUCUUCGGAAAGGGAGCAGCGAUUGAGGAUGGCAGGCUGCAGCGUGGGGAUCAGAUCAUCGCCGUGAACGGUCACAGUCUGGAGGGGGUCACCCACGCCGGCGCCGUCGCCAUACUGAAGAUGAUCAAGGGAACUGUAGUCCUCACCGUACUCUCCUGAGUGUAGUCCUCGCACAACCGUCUGUCGCCCUUUGAUGAUGUCAUCAGCAGACUACAUCCGGGUUGUGUUCGUCAGGAAACAGACGAAACAGGGAGGGACUGUCUGAACUUUUUCAAUAAGAAACAUUAAUGUAUGUGUUCUGUUGCGAAACGUUUUGCUACGGUGUGCAGUAAUGAAUAGGACCCUGUUUAUCUCUAGAAUGAGGUGAAGAGUCUCACAGAAGAAUGUCUUCUCUGUCUUCCUAGAUGUAACUGGUUCUCAUUGUAACAAAACGAUGAACCCUGUAAUGCCUUUCUAUGUGUCUAUGUACAUCAACAUGGACCUCAUCAUAGCAGACUACUGACUACUAACAUCACUGUCUCCUUCUAAACGGACCUCAUCAUAGCAGACUACUGACAUCACUGGCUCCUUCAAAACGGACCUCAUCAUAGCAGACUACUGACAUCACUGUCUCCUUCUAAAUGGACCUCAUCAUAGCAGACUACUGACAUCACUGUCUCCUUCUAAAUGGACCUCAUCAUAGCAGACUACUGACAUCACUGGCUCCUUCUAAAUGGACCUCAUCAUAGCAGACUACUGACAUCACUGUCUCCUUCUAAACGGACCUCAUCAUAGCAGACUACUGACAUCACUGGCUCCUUCUAAAUGGACCUCAUCAUAGCAGACUACUGACAUCACUGGCUCCUUCUAAACGGACCUCAUCAUAGCAGACUACUGACAUCACUGGCUCCUUCUAAAUGGACCUCAUCAUAGCAGACUACUGACAUCACUGUCUCCUUCUAAACGGACCUCAUCAUAGCAGACUACUGACAUCACUGUCUCCUUCUAAACGGACCUCAUCAUAGCAGACUACUGACGACUCACAGAACUAACUAACACACUCUAACGAUGCAAGAACAAGUGUGGCAAUAGAUGCCAAGACUCUUCGCCAGUCUUUUAUAUUGGCAGUUAGGUGUAGAAUUUACAUUCAAAUUCAAAAUCUGAGCCUUUUCUCUCUCUCUCUCUCUGUGCGUUAGUUGCUACCUUAACAAUAUGAUACGGCUUAUUUCAUUAUGUAACUUUAUACUUCUGUCAUGUUCAUGAAUAUAUUAAUGUGACUGCUAUUUAACCAUUUAUUUAUUCUGUUUUAUAUGUUGCCUGUAGGAAGGCGUAACUAACCUGUACUUUUGUUUUAUUAUUUCAUAUGGUGAAUGUAAUGUAGAAAGAAACUAUUAAAGUUUUACGACAUAAGUUUUCUACAUAUAGAUAGAAUAUUGGUAUUUUAAGCCGCUUCGGCUGCUAAUACUGAAUUCUUAAUGUAUUGUAGUUUACUGAUAUACCGCCAGCUUACUAUAGCUACUGCUAUUACUAAUAGUAUAUACGGGCUGGAUGACAACGUCAGGAAAAACGGUGCGCGUGCAUCGAUGAGGCAGAUGUGAUGAUUCUGAACGGUCCGAUAGCUAGCAACAAUGACAAGAAGCCUCCACGUGGUGAUGUGAUUCUGAACGGUCCGAUAGCUAGCAACAAGGACAAGAAGCCUCCACGUGGUGAUGUGGUUCUGAACGGUCCGAUAGCUAGGAACAAUGACAAGAAGCCGCCACGUGGUGAUAUGACUCUGAACGGUCCGAUAGCUAGCAACAAUGACAAGAAGCCUCCCGUGGGGAUAUGACUCUGAACGGUCCGAUAGCUAGCAACAAGGACAAGAAGCCUCCACGUGGUGAUAUGACUCUGAACGGUCCGAUAGCUAGCAACAAUGACAAGAAGCCGCCACGUGGUGAAUCGUAGGUAGCUCGUUUCAGCUCGUUCUAUCUUGUUGUUGAUACCAUGUCUUGUUUUGAGGUGUUUUGACUCAUUUCAUGUUUGUGCUAAUAUAUAGCGAAACAUCCUCUAGCUAGCUAACCGACAACUGUAAGGAUGUAUUUGUGACAACAAUUGUUCAUUGUGCAAAUGUAUUUAUGUUU